GUGACUGUUCAUGAAAGACAGAAUCUCGUUCAGACAAUAUAGGUUCAUAUGAGUUGCGGGGUAUUCUGCAAUUUUCUAUAUGCAUCAGUACUUUUCAGUUCGCAGUUUCUGUACAGGGGUGAAGGUGGAAUCAAAAAGAUGGAAUCGAAGCACCUGCCUCGUCUCUUCCAAGACCAGCACCGCUUCGACGCGGCGUACAAAAUCUACCACGCGCAUUGGGACAUGCUAGGUGUCUAUUCUAAAUGGGUGGACAGAGUUUUUGAUGAAGCGGUGGUGCGAUCGAUCCAGGCCAAACUAGACGAGAAAGAAGAGCUACGGGUCCUGGGAGUGGGCAGCGGAGCUGGUGAGCCAGACUAUAUGAUGUUGGAGAAAGUCACGAAGCGAUUCCUGCGCAUCAACAACCGUGUAGUUGAGCCCACUCCAUUACUCCUAGACCAGUACAGGGCAUUGGCUCAAUCCAAGGCCCACGAACUACAAGGUGUAAUGUGUGACUGGCGGCAGCAGACGAUCGAGCAAUACGAAAAGGCGGGAGAUUUGACCAAGUUUCAUUUCAUCAGUGCGGUGCAGAGCUUAUAUUACGUCGACAACCCGGAGAGCACGUUGAUGUACAUGUACGAGCGCUUAGAGCCUGGUGGGGUCAUGUUGGUAGCAAUCAUAUCAGAGGACAGCGGAUGUGUGCGCUAUUGGAAUCACUUUCCAUCUCUUCAUGACCAAUCAUUUACUGUUGUCAACUCUGCCAUCAUUCGAAGCUGGCUGGACCGCCGAGGCAUCCUGUACACUCGGUACAACCAACCCGCUCCUUUCGACAUCACCGAUUGCUUCGACCAAGCCUCAGAAGAAGGCAGCCUGCUGCUGGAUUCCCUCACCAUGGUCUUGAAUUUCAGGAAGACGGCGCCUGAGGAUCUUCAGACGUCGCUGCUGGAUUAUUUUGCCAACGAGAAAAAGGAUGGAGGCAAAGUAUUCAUUGACGCUGACUGGGAUGCUAUUGUUGUGAGCAAACCCCUGACCCAGUAGGUUUUAACAGCUUCCACAAUCAAGAUGAAAAUAUCCUCAUCCUGAGAGCCAAAUUGUCUUAUUUCCCCCGAUUUCUUAAUUGUUUUAACCCCCCCCCCCCAAUAUACUACAUGUACUUUCCGUGUUUGCUAGAGGGUAAGCAGAGGUACAGGACAGUGCUCAAUAAAAUAACCGUUCUCUUUUGAUGAGAUCAUAGUUUUGAGCAGCACAAUGUCCUUUGGUUUUGUCGUUCCCUUUGAAAUUCCUUCGAAAGUACACAUUUCCUGGAAAAUCAGUGAUAUCUUAUUCAUCCAUGGUGAUACCUAUAGAUUCUGGCUUUUACUGUUGAAAAAAAAAUGCGAGAAUUCAGCGUUUUGGUAUUCAUGUAUAGAUUUGUAAAUGCUUUAUUCACAAUUAUUGAUACCACACAAUUCUUUGAUAUUUCUAAUUUCAAAACAUUUAAGAAAAUAAAAAAUACAGAUCUAAAUCGAAUACUCUGUGCUUAUCAUUCUCUGCAGCAACAUUUACUAAUAAGUGACACAGAAAUAUAAACACAGAGGACAUACCGCCAGUAUUCUAAAAUUUCCGGAAACUUUGACAUCCAAUAAUAUAACUACAAUUUAUUGCAAUAGCUAUCGGUAAAAUGUUUUAUAUGGUUUAUCGUCCAAAUGAAAAAGUACUAAGUAUAUAUAUUUUUUGAUAUCCUACAAUAUCUCAUUUACUUUCGAAGUCACAAAAUAAUCUUUUAUUCUUAAAUUAUACUGGGCUUCAGUUAAUGCCCUUACUUAUUUAAUCUGGCAUAUGUAAAUAUUGGGACAAUGUGAUUAAAAAUAUUGUGUAUUUGCCUUGCGUAUAAUCUCUGUUCAAGGACAAAAUGAAAUGAAUACAUGAUUUGGGAAAAAAAUGGUAAGAUGGUUCUGCAUAUCACUACUACAUGAAAUUAAUUAUUCUGUCAAUCGUUUAAAGAUAUAGUCCUUUAAUGCCACAUAAAGAAUUCUAAAGCAUUUUAGUAUAGGACAUGUCAAUAAAUAGCUUAUAGAUCAUUUAUCACUGGCUAAAUUAUGUUAAGAUUGUAAACCGUGAAAUCUUUUUAAUGCUAUAUAUACUUUAUUUUUAAUAUAUUUCAAAACUCAACAUUUAAAAAGAUCAACACUUAAAAAAUUAUGGCAUGAAAUAAGUAAUUUCUAACUGGCCAUCACUUUACUAUAACAAGACGCUUUUAAUGUUAAGCCAUACUGCUUUGUUAUAAAUGUUUAAAUCAAAAUCCAUUAUUUAACUCAUCACAAGUUGGAGGGACACCUUUCAUCUUUUGCAAAAAAAA